AUGGAGGAGCAUGACCAAUAUGAGUCUGUUCGUUUAGAUGACUCACUGGAGGAUGAGAGGAACCUUGAUGAAAUUAUAGCUGAUCGAAGGGCUGCGGAAGCGGAGCUUGAUGCAAGGGAUAUAAGGACCAGGGCAGCAGCUGAUCGGAAGUUGCCACAGAUGCUCGAUGAUCUAGUAAGGCAUAUAGAAUCAAUUAUCCGAAUGUCAGAGGCACAUGCAAGGAUGCAUUUACAGAGCUAUGUGUCCCAGGAAGAUGUGGACAUGGCAAUCCGUGUCUUGCUUGACUCUUUCAUUUCAACUCAGAAAUUUGGCAUACAGAAAGCACUUCAAAAGAAUUUCAGGAAAUACAUGACAUUUAAGAAGGAUUGCACCGAGCUGCUUCUGCUGCUCCUGCACACACUGGUCAAGGAUGCGCUUCACUUUGAGGAAAUUGUGUCAGGAUCAACCGCACACCUCACUCACGUCGAGGUCAAAGUGGAGGACCUGAAGAACAAGGCCCAAGAGUGA